AAGCCUUUGGCAAAGAUGACUGCACGAGAUUGGCGUAUCUUGCGGGAAAACUAUGAAAUAAUAGUAAAAGGUGGCAAGGCGCCGCCACCACUUCGGUCCUUUAGAGAGGCUCCGACUCCUGAUCUACCCGUGUUACAUACUGCUCUGCUCGAAGCAAUCGAACAGGUUUUGCGUUUUAAAGAACCAUCUCCGAUUCAGCGUCAAGCAAUUCCGAUUGGCUUGCAGCGUCGCGAUCUAAUAGGUAUAGCCGAAACAGGUAGUGGAAAAACAGUCGCAUUUGGGGUACCCUUAUGCCACUACCUUUUGAAUUUGCCCUCCCGAGUUUUGGAAAGUGUGGCCGACGCUGGCCCCCUAGCUCUCGUUAUGGCACCGACGCGCGAACUUGCUCUCCAAAUUGAUGGCGAAUUUCAAAAGCUACUGAGUCGGCAACGCUUGAUUCGCACUGUCGGGAUUGUCGGUGGACAGCAAAUUCAACAGCAAGCGCAAGAACUCCGUCGUGGAGUGCACAUCGUGGUCGGAACACCAGGCCGCAUCAACGAAUGUAUCGACAUGGCCUAUAUGGUAUUAAAUCAAUGUUGCUAUAUUGUUCUGGAUGAAGCUGAUCGGAUGAUUGACAUGGGAUUCGCCCCUCAAAUCGAAACCAUUCUAGAUGCUUGUGGUGGUAGCCUCAAAUCAGAAAACGAAGCUGAAACGUACCAACAAGAAAAAGAAGAUUUGCAAAAAGCUGACGUUGCUCGGCACCGCUUGACCGCCAUGUUUUCCGCCACUAUGCCGCCGGAAGUUGAACGCAUCGCCAAACGCUAUCUCCGGCAUCCCGCUAUUGUAAGCGUCGGAGAUAAAGAUUCUGGCAAGAACGCACGCAUCGAACAGCGCAUCAUGUUUUUGGCGUCCGUUUCGCAAAAAGAAAAAGUACUCCGCGAACAGUUACAAGAUCGCCGAUUUUUGCGCGAGAAAAUCAUUGUGUUUGUCAACGAAAAAAAGCAUGCUGAAGGUGUCGGUCGAAUGGUGGAACGUAGUGGACGGGCAUGUGUCGUUUUGCAUGGAGGAAAAACACAGGAGCAACGCGAGGAGAACUUGGAGACCUUUCGUCGAGGGAACGUUGUGUUGGUGGCUACAGACGUUGCUGGUCGUGGUUUAGACAUCCCUGAUGUGGCGCAUGUGAUAAAUUACGACUUGCCGACCCGGUCGAUAGAGAACUACACACAUCGUAUUGGGCGAACCGGGCGCGCCGGGAAGGAAGGCGUGGCGACUUCCUUUAUUACGGACGAAGACGAGGGAAUCAUGGCGCCUUUGAAAGCUUAUUUGGAAAGUACUGGCAACAGGGUACCCGAACGAUUGGCGAGACAUCCGGCUGCGAACGGCAAUGUGCAAAAUAAUCUCAUUUACUAA